AUGCCUCAUGCUAGCAGUCAGAGCACGAGACCUCCACAAGCCAGUCCAAUAGAACCCAGUAUCGAGUCUCCUCAAGGACGGUCACCAGCUUCCAGCCCGGCUGGGCUCAUUUACUGUGCCGGCUACAGGCUUGGAGACAUUGGGCUAUUCCACGGUAUACCAUUCCUGUCCCGCGAUGGACAGCAGUGGAUUGGCAUACGAUCGGACGACGAAUCCGGUGCCGAGAGCGAAACCAGCCCCCCAUGGCACAACCAGCGGCAGCCAUGGCCCACCUUUUCAAGUUUCAUCAACCCAUCCCAUUUGGACGUGACGAAGCUUCUGCCACUCCCUUUGGUUGAGAGAUUCCUGGCCAAUUAUUUCAAGUCACCUUUUUCAGAGGCCUUCCCCAUCGUAGACAGAGUUCUCUUCCCGAAAAUCAUCGAACGAGCAUACACGCAACAGGGUUCUUCGCCAGAGAGCGCGACCUCGAAAGCAUGCAUUUUCGCUUUUCUGGCCUUUUCGUCUCUAAAUGGGUACGACGCAGAUCCGGGUCUUCCUCCUCUCCAUGAGCAGCAAUGUAUUACUGCGGCACAGCUACUGAUACCCGAUCUGUUUACCGCUCGGCCCAGUGCAGAGGUUGUAGAUGCUCUCUUGAUGUUUGCCAUAUAUAACUUUGGCUGCGGAAAUGUCCAUGCAGUGGAUCUCAUGUUGUCGGCCGUGGUUCGAUUUCUUUUUAUGCUAGGAGCACAUCUAUACCCGGGCGAGGAGAUGGAUAGCUUGCCACCAGAAGCUCUGAGUCUAGAAAAGCGAAAAGCUCUGCAUCUGAGAGAUGACUUCUGGAUCUGUUAUGUCCUGGAUAAAGAAAUCACCUUCCGCACUGGACGGCCGCCCAUCAUCAACGACAGUUCAUGCGAUCUGACGUUCCCAAAGUACUACUGGAAGCAGAGCGACAGGAACUUCAAGGGGGUUUAUCGGCUGCCUGGUGACUUGCGCUUGUCAACGAUCAAAUCGAAUGCGUACGAGAGGUUGUACUCUCCUCAGGCACUUCGGAAAGCCGAUGCGGAGAUUCUGAAAGAUAUCCGAGAAUUGGACGAGAUGCUUGAGAACUGGAGACUGUCGUUGCCCUUGGAGCGAAGGCCUACCUUGUCGGCCGCACAGCCGCCGAACAAAUCCACCGAGACCAAUGGUGACGGCAGUUUUGACUUUGACAUAUCAACGUUCCUGCUGAAAUUGGAGUACCACCAUUGCAUGACAACGAUUCACCAGGCGAGCAGCCGCUGUACCAAUUGGGUUUACAACCACCGAAUUGACGACGGCCUCAGUUCCAGCCUCGAUCUUGCUCUAGCAUCCAGUCGGGCGAUGCUGACUUAUUUUUCCUCGGUGCAUGACCACCUGUUUCCAAAUAUAUUCUGGGUUGCCGUUUUUUAUCCUCUCUCGGCGAUUCUGACUCUGUUUUGCAACAUCAUGCUUAGCCCGGCGAGUGCAUCGGCGGCCUCUGAUCUCAAGAUUCUGGAGUGGAAUAUCGAUUUCAUGAGCGAACGAAACAGCAAGGAUUUUCUGCUUUCCGUGGCUCAAUUGACACAUCUAGAUCGACUAAAACAGUCGUGCGUCGAACUACUCAGGCUAGCACGAACGAGCGUCCUGCAAAGUCAAGGAGGUGCCUAG